AUGUCGAAGCGCUCUAGGGGCAAUAGCAGCCAUGAAGUGCCCGAGGCCUCCUUUAACGCCCCAAAGAGGGUGGCGAUAGGGGCACACAAUGAUCAGCCGGUGGCGCACAUCUCGAGGAAUAUCAGGGCAUGCACGACUUGCCGCAAGCACAAGAUCAAAUGCCUAAUGGACGAUACUGGACCGCCGUGUCGAAGGUGCACUGACAAGAAGCUCAGCUGCGUUGUGAGCAAGAACCUUCAGACCAUUCUCGACGAAAAGACAGAACUAUCAGAGGCGGUGCUGGCGGACCUGGAGUCCCUCCACUCAGCCAUGAAAGAAAUGAGAAGCGCCGCAGGAAUGCCCGACCUUCCACCGCUUCGGAUCUCACUUCUCUCAGAAGGCCGUGAUCCAUCAACUUCGCAACCACCCGUCACUAACUUCCAGUAUGCCUUGGAUGAAGUCAACGGUCCUUCCUGCGACAACUCGCCUAAGCUCACGCCAGAGGACGACCGGCUGCCGCACGCCCCUAUACAUUCCCUGUACGCGUUGACCAAGAUGAGGGCGUUACGUUCGCCUGAGGAUCCCAAGGAUGGGCAAAGCAAGCCAAUCGACGAUUUCAUCUCGCGAGGGCUGAUUCAACAAGCCGAUGCAGAGCGUCUCUUUGCGCUUUACCGCGAUCGACUUGAUGGUUUCAUCUACUCUAUCGGAUGUAGAUACAAGUCCCUGGAUGAACUACGCCGGAAAAGCUCCAUUCUUUCCGCUGCAACCUUGACGGUCGCCGCCUUGCAUGAUCCAGACGCCGACAAGGUCUAUGGAAUAUGCAGCUCCGAGCUGCGCAGGCUGACCGAAAAGUCAAUGCUUCAACGGUCAGGGGAUCGGGACUAUUUUAGAGCCCUUAGCAUUGCUUCAUACUGGCUAAGCGAUCUAUCGUGGACUCUGUCGGGACACGCUAUUCGUCGGGCUACAGAAUGCAACGUUCACAACAGUUUCAGCCGGGCUAUCAAGGAACAGACGGAAGAUGCCAUCGACUACGCCCGCAUCUGGUCCAUUCUCUUUAUAUGUGACCAGCAUCUCGCCAUACUCUACGAUCGGCCCGCCAUCAUCCAAGAUGAAUGGUCGACGCAGGACUGGGAAGGCUUUCUGCAGGCUCCGUUCGCCACAGCCCAGGAUGAAAGGCUCAUGAGCCAGGUCGAGCUGAUGGGAGUCGUGAGGAGUGUCAGGCAACUGUUUGGUCCAGACAAAGGCGAGACGAUACCACGGGUCUAUGUCAGCCAGAUAGGCCAUUAUAACCGGCAACUGGAUCAAUGGAUCGCAAAGUGGACGACACGGCUACCAGAGCAACACCCCGCUAUUGGAGGGUUUCCCCGGAAAGGGGCUCUCCUUCACUUUCACUUCGCACAGCUAUACCUCUUUUCCCACGUCUUUCGUGGCCAAUCAGACGCCAUUCCCGGCCAUUUUCUUGACUCAGCAUCCAUGGCUGUCACCGCUGCAUCGGCUAUAAUAGACAUGCUCGUGACUGACCCUGACAUCUCGUCUGGCAUCGUCGGCAUGCCAUCCUAUCUCAUCUCCAUGACAGCCUUUUGUUGCAUGUUUCUGGCCAAGGUGGCCCACAAGUACGGCGACAACCUGAUAAGACGCGACCAGGCUCGGGAUAAGAUUACCCAACUGAUAGAGCACCUCCGUUCGCUGUCAAUGGGGAAGUGGCACUUGGCCAGCCUGAUGAUUGGUGGGCUCGAGAAGGUGUUGACGUUGCUUGCACCUACGAAUGGAGUAGAUGAUGCCAUCCUUGAUGUGAUCCUCAACGGUGACAGCAAUCACGGGUUUGGAGACGCAGUGGGCGUAGAGCAUAUGCUCCCGCGUGUGGAUGGAAAUCCUUGUCCGACGUGGGACACGACUUUCGGGCUCUCGCCAAUCUUUGGCUUUGAUCCAGCAUAUCUUGAUGUCGAUGGGUAUUUGCAGUCAAUAGCUAUGUUUCCCAACGGAGAAACUCAGUAA